AUAAAAUUGAAAGAGAAAUUUCAGAUCCAAAGCAGGAAAACAAAUCACAGAAACAUUUUGAUGUUAAGUUUUUGAAAAAAUCGCGAGUUUCUGGAUCUGUAUACUUUCUUAGAGGAGAUUUUGAUAGCAUCGUUUACAGGAGUAAGAUCCGGGAAUGGCAAUGGAGGUUGGGGAGAUGUCUCAGCCGGAGGCGACGGCGAGUCUUCUCUCUCUCGCUUCCGCCACUCAGCAACCGUACGUCUCCGAGCUCCUCUCUUUCACUCUUGAUCGUCUCCACAAGGAACCGGAGCUGCUUCGAGUGGAUGCGGAGCGGAUUCAGAGGCAAAUGCAAGAGGUGGCUGUUGGAAAUUACCGCGCGUUUAUCACCGCUGCUGAUGCUUUGCUUGCGAUCCGUCAGGAAGUUUCUUCCAUUGAUAAGCAUCUCGAGUCUCUGAUUGGCGAAGUCCCAAAACUAACGUCUGGUUGCACUGAAUUUAUCGAUUCUGCUGAGAAUAUUUUGGAGAAGAGGAAGAUGAACCAAGCAUUGCUGGCAAAUCACAGCACUCUUCUUGACUUGCUUGAGAUUCCUCAGCUUAUGGACACAUGCGUGAGGAAUGGAAAUUUUGAUGAGGCUCUUGACCUGGAAGCAUUUGUAUCGAAACUUGCUACCCUGCAUCCCAAAUUGCCAGUUAUCCAAGCACUUGCAGCGGAGGUUAGACAAACAACUCAGUCACUUCUCUCACAGCUUCUCCAGAAACUACGCUCAAAUAUACAGUUACCAGAAUGUCUCCGCAUUAUUGGAUACUUACGCCGAAUAGGUGUCUUUGGCGAGUAUGAAAUGCGAUUACAGUUCUUAAGAUGCCGAGAGGCAUGGCUCACUGGAAUUCUUGAGGAUUUAGAUCAGAAAAAUGCCUAUGAGUAUUUAAAAGGCAUGAUAAACUGUCACAGAAUGCACCUAUUUGACGUGGUUAACCAAUAUCGAGCUAUAUUUUCUGAUGAUACAUCUGGGAGCGAAGAAAAUUAUGAUGGUGGACUUUUGUUUAGCUGGGCCAUGCAUCAAAUAACAUCACACCUGAAGACUCUAAAAAUCAUGCUUCCAAAGAUUACUGAAGGAGGAUCUCUAUCAAAUAUUUUGGAUCAGUGCAUGUACUGUGCGAUGGGGCUUGGUGGGGUUGGGCUAGACUUCCGGGGUCUGCUUCCUCCACUUUUUGAAGAGGCGGUUCUAAACUUAUUCUCCAAGAACAUGAGUACAGCAGUUGAGAAUUUUCAGUUAGUUUUGGAUUCACAUCGAUGGGUUCCAUUACCAUCUGUUGGCUUUCCUUCAAGUGGUAUUAAUGAAGAUAGCAAGGAUGACGUCACACCUCCAUCAUACUUGAUGGAGCACCCGCCACUUGCAGUUUUCAUAAAUGGGGUAUCUUCUGCUUUGAACGAAUUACGUCCUUGUGCCCCGCUAAGUCUAAAGAAUGUUGUUGCUCAUGAACUGAUCAAAGGACUCCAGGCCGUGUCUGACUCCUUACUAAGAUACAAUACAACUCGGAUGCUUCGACUCAGUGAAUCCAAUCUAUUCCUUUCACUUUGCCGAGCUUUUGUCGAGGUCGAGUUUUGAAUCUCAUCUCAUCUCAGUUUUGUAUUAACAAGUUAAAAGUCAGUAGCCAUUUCAGAUUGAACACCUCUAUGUCCUAACGCACAUUGCUCUUUUUUUCUCUUUGGUUCCUUGUUCUUACAGGUGGUUUUUCCACAUUGCGCCACAUGCUUUGGCCGAUGUUAUCCAGGUGGUGCCACAAUCGUUAUGGAUGCCAAGAGUGCAUACGAAGGUCUGGGUCGCAUCUUAGCUGCAUCGUCCUCUCAAGAACCAUCCAACAAAUCUCCAAAGGUCAUCAGCACGGACACAAAGGAUGCAUCAGAGAAUGGUGUAGCCUCCCAACCUGAAGAAAAACAAGCCGAGAAUCCAAACGCGAAAGAAGAAGAUAACAGUCCCAUUCCUUUGCAGACUCCUGAGAUAACACCCGAGUCUUGAGAAAUUUUUCAUAAAUUUGUCUUUUGUUGUAAGAAUUAUAUGCUAAUACACACAUAGAGAGAGAGAGACAACAAAAGCUUUAAAAUUAAGUGAAGAGUAUCAAUGCAUUAUGGUAUAAAUUUGAUGGGAUUAUGUCGAAUUGAGACUGCAUCCAAUU